AUGACGACGACGCCGACCGCCGUGCUGAUCUUCAUGAUGCUCACGGCCCUCGUCGCCUCCACGUCCGCUGCCGGUGGCGGCGUCCUCUGCGACGUCGAGAAGGACCUCGUGAUAUGGCAGAGCCUGGGCGAGCCGCAGAGGGACGAGUCGGCGAUGUACAAGGUGGACGUGACGAACCAGUGCGCCGGCGACGGGCCCUGCGCCAUCUCGAAGAUCUUACUGCGGUGCGGCAACUUCCGGUCCCUGGUCCCCGUCGACUCCAGGCUGCUCCGCGUGGUCCGCCCCGGCGUGUGCCUCCUCAACGGCGGCCACACGGUCCGCCAGAACAGCAACUUCUCCUUCGUCUACGCCAGCUACGUGCGCCAGAACCUCUACGUCCUCUCGGCAAGGUGCCAGUGA